AUGGACCCAAACGCCCAGAACACCCAAAACACCCCCAACCCCGACAUGAAGUCUGGAUUUGCUGCGGACGCAGCUCCUGCUGGCAUGCCAGCGAACAAAUGGGGUUCUCCAUUCUAUGAAUUCUGGGAUCCUCUUGACACCAUGCUCUGCUCUUGGUUCUGCCCUUGCUUCAUGUUUGGCCGCAACCAGCAUCGACGACGUGAUCCAACCUUGACCGACUUUAACUACUUCAACGGUGAUUGCUGCACCUGGCUGUGCCUUUCUUACUGUGGUUGCUACGGUAUCAUUCAGGGCCUCAAGCGCAUCGAAACCCGAAAGCAAUAUGGUAUUGAGGGCAAUGACGUUCUGGAUUUCGCCGGCUCCUGCUGUCUCCCCUGCUGCAUGCUCGUCCAGGAGGAGAAGGAAAUCACUCGCCGUACACAGGCAGCUGGUUACCAACGAACCUCCCCAAUGACCUACCCUUGA